CCAAGAGAGUAGGCUGUGUCUCCUUAGAUCGCCCGGAACGCUACUCCGCACGACUGAAAGCCCAGAUUGUGUCCUGCAGCCGGGAUAACCUGGCUGACCCGUGUCCGCCGACACUGCUGCAGCUGCGGCUGGAGCCAGGGCGCCGGUGCCCUGCGCUUUCCCAGGUUUUGCACUGCAGGAGCGCGUACCGCUUCUGUGACUUCUUUGCCGGCCAGGGACCGAGAAAGCAUCUGUGCCCAGCGCGAGGUGCAGGAUGGAGAGCAGGGCGCUGCUAGCUGUCGCUCUGUGGUUCUGCGUGGAGACCCGAGCCGCCUCUGUGGGUUUGCCUGGCGAUUCCCUCCAUCCACCCAAGCUCAGCACACAAAAAGACAUACUUACAAUUUUGGCAAAUACAACCCUUCAGAUUACUUGCAGGGGACAGAGGGACCUGGAUUGGCUUUGGCCCAACACUCCGCGUGACUCUGAGGAAAGGGUGUUGGUGACUGAGUGUGGCGACAGUAUCUUCUGCAAGACACUCACAGUUCCCAGAGUGGUUGGAAAUGAUACUGGAGCCUACAAGUGCUUCUAUCGGGACACCGAUGUCUCCUCCAUCGUUUAUGUCUAUGUUCAAGAUCACAGGUCACCAUUCAUCGCCUCUGUCAGUGACGAGCAUGGCAUCGUGUACAUCACUGAGAACAAGAACAAAACUGUGGUGAUCCCAUGCCGAGGGUCGAUUUCAAACCUCAACGUGUCACUUUGUGCUAGGUAUCCAGAAAAGAGAUUUGUUCCGGAUGGAAACAGAAUUUCCUGGGACAGCGAGAAAGGCUUUACUAUCCCCAGUUACAUGAUCAGCUAUGCCGGCAUGGUCUUCUGUGAGGCAAAGAUUAAUGAUGAAACGUAUCAGUCUAUCAUGUACAUAGUUCUGGUUGUAGGAUAUAGGAUUUAUGAUGUGGUCCUGAGCCCCCCUCAUGAAAUUGAGCUAUCUGCCGGAGAAAAGCUUGUCUUAAAUUGUACAGCAAGAACAGAGCUCAACGUGGGGCUUGAUUUCAGCUGGCAAUUCCCGUCCUCAAAGCAUCAGCAUAAGAAGAUUGUAAACCGGGAUGUGAAAUCCCUUCCUGGGACUGUGGCAAAGAUGUUUUUGAGCACCUUGACCAUAGACAGUGUGACCAAGAGUGACCAAGGAGAAUACACCUGCACAGCGUACAGUGGACUGAUGACCAAGAAAAAUAAAACAUUUGUCCGAGUUCAUACAAAACCUUUUAUUGCUUUUGGUAGCGGGAUGAAAUCUUUGGUGGAAGCCACUGUGGGCAGCCAAGUCCGAAUCCCUGUGAAGUAUCUCAGUUACCCAGCUCCUGAUAUCAAAUGGUACAGAAAUGGACGACCCAUUGAGUCCAAUUACACAAUGAUCGUUGGUGAUGAACUCACCAUCAUGGAAGUGAGUGAAAGAGAUGCGGGAAACUACACGGUCAUCCUCACCAAUCCCAUUUCAAUGGAGAAACAGAGCCACAUGGUCUCUCUGGUUGUGAAUGUUCCACCCCAGAUCGGUGAGAAAGCCUUGAUCUCUCCUAUGGAUUCCUACCAGUAUGGCACCAUGCAGACGCUGACAUGCACAGUCUAUGCCAACCCUCCCCUGCACCACAUCCAAUGGUACUGGCAGCUAGAAGAAGCAUGCUCCUACAGGCCCAGCCAAACAAACCCAUAUACUUGUAAAGAAUGGAGACACGUGAAGGAUUUCCAGGGGGGAAAUAAGAUCGAAGUCACCAAAAACCAAUAUGCCCUAAUUGAAGGAAAAAACAAAACUGUAAGUACUCUGGUCAUCCAGGCUGCCAACGUGUCCGCAUUAUACAAAUGUGAAGCCAUCAACAAAGCAGGACGAGGAGAGAGGGUCAUCUCCUUCCAUGUGAUCAGGGGUCCUGAAAUUACUGUCCAGCCUGCUACCCAGCCAACCGAGCAGGAGAGUGUGUCUCUAUUGUGCACUGCAGAUAGAAACACGUUUGAGAACCUCACGUGGUACAAGCUUGGCUCACAGGCAACAUCGGUCCACAUGGGCGAAUCACUCACACCAGUUUGCAAGAACUUGGACGCUCUUUGGAAACUGAAUGGCACCGUGUUUUCUAACAGCACAAACGACAUCUUGAUUGUGGCAUUCCAGAAUGCCUCCCUGCAGGACCAAGGCAACUAUGUCUGCUCUGCUCAAGACAAGAAGACCAAGAAAAGACAUUGCCUAGUCAAGCAGCUCGUCAUCCUAGAGCGCAUGGCACCCAUGAUCACUGGAAAUCUGGAGAAUCAGACAACAACCAUUGGUGAGACCAUCGAAGUUGUUUGUCCAACAUCUGGAAACCCUACCCCCCUCAUUACAUGGUUCAAAGACAAUGAGACCCUUGUAGAAGAUUCAGGCAUUGUACUAAAAGACGGGAACCGGAACCUAACUAUCCGAAGGGUGAGGAAGGAAGACGGGGGCCUCUACACCUGCCAGGCCUGCAAUGUCCUUGGCUGUGCAAGAGCAGAGACACUCUUCAUAAUAGAAGGUGCCCAGGAAAAGACCAACUUGGAAGUCAUUAUUCUCGUCGGCACUGCAGUGAUCGCCAUGUUCUUCUGGCUACUUCUUGUCAUUGUUCUACGGACCGUUAAGCGGGCCAAUGAAGGGGAACUGAAGACAGGCUACUUGUCCAUUGUCAUGGAUCCAGAUGAACUGCCCUUGGAUGAGCGCUGUGAACGCUUGCCUUAUGAUGCCAGCAAGUGGGAGUUCCCCAGGGACCGGCUGAAACUAGGAAAACCUCUUGGCCGUGGUGCCUUUGGCCAAGUGAUUGAGGCAGAUGCCUUUGGAAUCGACAAGACAGCGACUUGCAAAACAGUGGCUGUCAAGAUGUUGAAAGAGGGAGCAACACACAGCGAGCACCGAGCCCUCAUGUCCGAACUCAAGAUCCUCAUCCACAUUGGCCACCAUCUCAAUGUGGUGAACCUGCUGGGUGCCUGCACGAAGCCCGGAGGGCCUCUCAUGGUGAUUGUAGAAUUCUGCAAGUUUGGAAACCUAUCAACUUACUUACGGGGCAAGAGAAAUGAAUUCGUGCCCUAUAAGAGCAAAGGGGCACGCUUCCGCUCUGGGAAAGACUAUGUUGGGGAGCUCUCCGUAGACCUGAAGCGGCGCUUGGACAGCAUCACCAGCAGUCAGAGCUCUGCCAGCUCAGGUUUUGUGGAGGAGAAAUCCCUCAGUGACGUAGAGGAAGAAGAAGCUUCUGAAGAACUCUACAAGGACUUCCUGACCUUGGAGCAUCUCAUCUGUUACAGCUUCCAAGUGGCUAAGGGCAUGGAGUUCUUGGCAUCAAGGAAGUGUAUCCACAGGGACCUGGCAGCACGAAACAUUCUCCUAUCGGAGAAGAACGUGGUUAAGAUCUGUGACUUUGGCUUGGCCCGGGACAUUUAUAAAGACCCAGAUUACGUCAGAAAAGGAGAUGCCCGACUCCCUUUGAAGUGGAUGGCUCCGGAAACAAUUUUUGACAGAGUAUACACAAUUCAGAGUGACGUGUGGUCUUUUGGUGUUUUGCUCUGGGAAAUAUUUUCCUUAGGUGCUUCCCCAUAUCCUGGGGUCAAGAUUGAUGAAGAAUUUUGUAGGAGAUUGAAAGAAGGAACGAGAAUGCGGGCUCCUGACUACACCACCCCAGAAAUGUACCAAACCAUGCUGGAUUGCUGGCAUGAGGACCCCAACCAGAGACCCGCGUUUUCAGAGUUGGUGGAGCACUUGGGAAAUCUCCUGCAAGCAAAUGCUCAGCAGGAUGGCAAAGACUAUAUUGUUCUUCCAAUGUCAGAGACACUGAGCAUGGAAGAGGAUUCUGGACUCUCCCUGCCUACCUCACCUGUUUCCUGUAUGGAGGAAGAGGAAGUGUGCGACCCCAAAUUCCAUUAUGACAACACAGCAGGAAUCAGUCAUUAUCUGCAGAACAGCAAGCGAAAAAGCCGGCCAGUGAGUGUAAAAACAUUUGAAGAUAUCCCUUUGGAGGAACCAGAAGUAAAAGUGAUUCCAGAUGACAGCCAGACAGACAGUGGGAUGGUCCUUGCCUCAGAAGAGCUGAAAACUCUGGAAGACAGGAACAAAUUAUCUCCAUCUUUUGGUGGGAUGAUGCCCAGUAAAAGCAGGGAGUCUGUGGCCUCGGAAGGCUCCAACCAGACCAGCGGCUACCAGUCUGGGUAUCACUCAGACGACACAGAUACCACCGUGUACUCCAGCGACGAGGCAGGACUUUUAAAGCUGGUGGAUGUUGCAGGGCACGUUGACUCUGGGACCACACUGCGCUCAUCUCCUGUUUAAAAGGAAGUGGCCCUGUCCCGUCCCCGCCCCCAACUCCUGGAAAUAACUCGAGAGGUGCUGCUUAGAUUUUCAAGUGUUGUUCUUUCCACCACUCGGAAGUAGCCGCAUUUGAUUUUCAUUUCAGAAGAGGGACCUCAGACGGCAAGAAGCUUGUCCUCAGGGCAUUUCCAGAAAAAUGCCCAUGACCCAAGAAUGUGUUGACUAUACUCUCUUUUCCAUUGGUUUAAAAAUCCUAUAUAUUGUGCCCUGCUGCGGGUCUCACUACCAGUUAAAACAAAAGACGUUCAAACAGCGGCUCUAUCCUCCAAGAAGUAGCCAUACCCAGGCAAUGGAGCCCUCUGUGAAACUGGAUAAAAUGGGCGAUGUUAGUGCUUUGUGUGUUGGGAUGGGUGAGAUGUCCCAGGGCUGAGUCUACCUAAAAGGCUUUGUGGAGGAUGUGGGCUAUGAGCCAAGUGUUAAGUGUGAGAUGUGGACUGGUAGGAAGGAAGGAGCAAGCUCGCUCAGAGAGCGGUUGGAGCCUGCAGAUGCAUUGUGCUGGCUGUGGUGGAGGUGAGCAUGUGGCCUGUCAGGAAACGCCAAGGCGGCUGUCGGGGUUUGGUUUUGGAAGGUUGCGUGCUCUUCACGGUUGGGCUACAGGCGAGUUCCCUGUGCUGUUUCCUACUCCUAAUGAGAGUUCCUUCCGGACUCUUACGUGUCUCCUGGCCUAGCCCCAGGAAGGAAAUGACGCAGCUUGCUCCUCAUCUCCCAGGCUGUGCCUUAACUCAGAAUACUAAAAGAGAGGGACUUUGGCCGAGGCUCCGCUCCUUGUCAUGCUGAAGAACUGUGAGAACACAACAGAAACUCAGGGUUUCUGCUGGGUGGAUACCCACUUGUCUGCCCUGGUGGCAGUGUCUGAGGGUUUUGUCAAGUGGCGACGGUAAAGGCUCAGACAGGAUGUAUCCCUUUGUUCUUCCUCUAACUCCACUUCUGUCUUGCCACACACCCCCCCCUCCCCAGUGCUCAGUAUUUUAGCUUUGUGGCCACGUGAUGGCAGAAGGUCUUAAUUGGUUGGUUUUGCUCUCCAGAUAAAAUCACUAGUCAGAUUUCGAAAUUACUUUAUAGCCAAGGUCUGAUAACAUCUACUGUAUCGUUUAGAAUUUAACAUAUAAAGCUGUGUCUACUGGUUUUUUUUUUUUUGCCCUUGGGCAUAUGUUUUUCAAAAGAGAAACUACUUUUCAUUUGGUACCAUAGCGUGACGAGCAGGGGCCAAUGACUGUAAAACAUGCUGUGGCACAUAUAUUUAUAGUCUGUUAUGUGGAACAAAUGUAAUAUAUUGAAACUUUAUAUUAUAUAUAAGGAACUUUGUACUAUCCGCAUUUCGUAUCAGUAUUAUGUAGCACGACAGAGACUGUGAGGUCUGAGCAGCUGGUGGCUCAGGACGUUGAGAAACUCGAAGGAAUCCUUUCGUGAGGAUGCGCAGCUAUCCCUACCCAUCUCUCUCACCUCAAACGGAGGAGAAAGGGGAAUCAGAGAUAAUGUGAGUGUGUCCUUGUUCUCUGUUCUUAGGAGGAAUGUUCUUACCAACUGUUCAUACGCUUUAUAAACCAAUAAAUGUAUUCCGAGUAAAGAGA